AAAUUGGUUUCCUUUGUUUCUAUGUUCCUGAAAACACAAAACCCAUUUCACUUCUCUUCAACCAAAACCUUUUCUUGAACUGAAGGAAACAUGUAAAAAAGGAAAAGAAUGCCCCUUUGUUCCACUUUUAAUGCAUCCACCCUCCAUUCAGCACGGCCCCCAAUCUACAAAACUCGGUUCUCCUGUCAAUCCAUCAGAGAAAUCCAGGGGUUCAAUGUUAUAGCCAUUGCAAGGGAGAGGAGUGGAAUCAGGCGUAGGAAUAGUAAAGAAGAUACCUUGAAUGAAUUGCAGGGAGCUAAUGUGUUUUUCUCAGAUGUUACCAAUUUGGGUACUUCGGAGAAUUCUUUGCAGGAAUUAGGUAGGAAAUUAGGGGCAUCACAUUUUGUAUUACUUUCUGCUAUGUGUGUGCAAAAGCCCCUUCUUGAAUUUCAGCGAGCAAAGCUGAAAUUUGAGGCUGAAUUGAUGAAAGAAGCUGAAUUAGAUAAUGGAUUCACCUAUAGCAUUGUGAGGCCAACUGCAUUCUUUAAGAGCUUGGGGAUAUUCCCUGCAAUGGAAGAUGCAGCUGAGUUUAGAAAAAUUGGAAGGUACUAUGCAGCUGAGAGUAUGUUGGUUUUGGAUCCUGAGACUGGAGGGUACAGUGCUGAGAAAACACCUAGCUAUGGAAAGACCCUAGAAGAAUUCUUUGAGAGAGUGCUGACGGAGGGGAUGGCUGGUCAGGAAUUGGGAGAGCAAACAAUCUUCUGAAAGUUAUUUCCUACAUAUACGCGUGAAGCAAGUAAUUAUAAACCUCUACGUUUGCAGCAAAGCUCGUAACAUAAUCAAACAUUUUCUCCAAAAAAUAACAGCACAGGACAUCAUUGUAUCAUUGUCUUGGAGUUUGUUGAUAUCUAAGGAGAAAAACUCCGGAAGGGAGAAGGGAGAAGUUCUGCUUUAAUUUCUUCUGCAUCUACUUGGGUUUUUCUGUUUCUUUAUUGUCCUUUAUUUUCUCAGCCAAAAUCAAUAUUUUCUAGGGGAAAUGGCAGUAUAGGUAAACAUCUCCCAAGUCUAUGUACCAAUAAAACAUAAACAAUUCA